CGCGUCGGAGGGCCGGCAGCGGGGCUGGAUGUGCCCGGCUCCCCCCGCGCUGAGGUGGGCAGCGAUGCAGAAGGCAGGCGGCAGCUUCGCCUCCGCCGAGAGACACCCGCUCAAGAUGGCAGAUGUGUGUUGAGUUUGGGGGGCUGCGAUCUCGCGUCGUUCGUGGCGGCGUUGCCAUGAAUAACAGGCGUCCUUGCACCGAUGGCCCCCAUGUACGAAGGUAUGGCCUCGCAUGUGCAAGUUUUCUCUCCUCAUACCCUUCAGUCAAGUGCCUUCUGUAGCGUGAAGAAACUGAAAGUGGAGCCGAGUUCAAACUGGGAUAUGACUGGGUACGGCACACACAGCAAAGUCUACAGCCAGAGCAAGAACGUGCAGUCCUCCCAAGCAGCCGCCGCAGCAGCCGUCAACGCCUCCCUCCAGAUCCCCAAUCCGAGCAUCCCCUACGAACAGACCAUCAUCUUCCCAGCAAGCACGGGGCACAUCGUGGUGACAUCUGCCAACAGCACUUCUGGUGUGGUUGCAGUGUCUGGGCAAACACUGGGCGGGCCACAUAACCUGAUGCGUCGCAGCACUGUGAGCCUUCUGGACACCUACCAAAAAUGUGGACUUAAGCGCAAGAGUGAGGAGAUUGAGAACACAAGCAGCGUGCAGAUUAUCGAGGAGCAUCCACCAAUGAUUCAGAACAAUGCCAGUGGGGCCACUGUAGCCACCGCCACCACUUCCACAGCCACCUCCAAAAACAGUGGCUCCAACAGUGAAGGGGAUUACCAGCUGGUGCAACAUGAGGUGCUCUGUUCCAUGACCAACACAUACGAAGUGUUGGAGUUUCUUGGCCGUGGAACCUUUGGACAAGUAGUCAAAUGCUGGAAACGUGGCACUAAUGAGAUUGUGGCUAUCAAGAUCCUAAAAAACCACCCUUCCUAUGCCCGGCAAGGCCAGAUUGAAGUGAGCAUCCUGGCUCGGCUGAGCACAGAAAGUGCGGAUGACUACAACUUUGUCCGUGCUUACGAGUGCUUCCAGCACAAGAAUCACACAUGCUUGGUCUUUGAAAUGUUGGAACAGAACCUCUAUGAUUUCCUAAAACAAAAUAAAUUCAGUCCCUUGCCCCUUAAGUACAUUCGACCAAUUCUCCAGCAGGUAGCAACUGCCCUAAUGAAGCUGAAAAGCCUGGGACUGAUUCAUGCUGAUCUCAAACCAGAGAACAUCAUGUUGGUAGACCCAUCCCGACAGCCAUAUAGGGUCAAGGUCAUAGACUUUGGUUCAGCUAGCCAUGUGUCUAAAGCUGUGUGUUCUACCUACCUUCAAUCCAGAUAUUACAGAGCCCCUGAAAUCAUCCUUGGUUUACCGUUUUGUGAAGCAAUCGAUAUGUGGUCAUUGGGAUGUGUCAUUGCAGAGCUGUUCUUGGGCUGGCCGUUGUACCCGGGAGCUUCGGAGUAUGAUCAGAUUCGCUAUAUUUCACAGACGCAGGGCUUACCAGCAGAGUAUUUGUUAAGUGCAGGGACAAAGACUACGAGGUUUUUCAACAGGGAUACAGACUCACCAUAUCCUUUGUGGAGACUGAAGACGCCAGAUGAUCAUGAGGCAGAGACGGGGAUUAAGUCGAAGGAAGCAAGAAAGUAUAUUUUCAACUGUUUGGAUGAUAUGGCACAGGUAAACAUGACAACGGAUUUGGAAGGAAGUGAUAUGUUGGUGGAAAAGGCAGACCGGCGGGAGUUCAUAGAUCUGUUAAAGAAGAUGUUGACGAUAGAUGCAGAUAAGAGGAUAACACCCAUUGAAACUCUGAGCCACCCUUUUGUCACCAUGACGCACUUGCUCGAUUUCCCUCACAGCACACAUGUCAAGUCCUGCUUCCAGAACAUGGAGAUUUGCAAGCGGCGGGUGAAUAUGUAUGACACAGUGAACCAGAGCAAGACGCCAUUCAUCACCCAUGUAGCCCCAAGUACAUCGACCAACUUGACCAUGACUUUUAACAACCAGCUGAACACAGUCCACAACCAGACCACCAACCUGGCUCCCACCUCCUCCAGUGCCACUAUUUCCUUAGCCAACCCCGAGGUCUCCAUACUAAAUUACCAAUCUGCACUCUACCAGCCCUCAGCGGCGUCCAUGGCUGCGGUGGCCCAGCGGAGCAUGCCCCUGCAGACAGGAACAGCGCAGAUCUGUGCCCGCCCCGACCCCUUACAGCAAGCCCUCAUCGUCUGCCCACCAGGCUUCCAAGGGUUACAAGCCUCCCCUUCAAAGCAUGCUGGGUAUUCGGUUCGGAUGGAGAACGCGGUUCCCAUCGUCACUCAGGCUCCUGGGGCCCAACCUCUUCAGAUCCAGCCAGGACUCCUCGCACAGCAAGCAUGGCCCAGUGGCACUCAGCAGAUCCUGCUCCCUCCUGCCUGGCAGCAGCUGACCGGGGUGGCCACCCACACGUCUGUCCAGCAUGCGACUGUCAUCCCAGAGUCCAUGGCCGGCACCCAACCGCUGGCAGACUGGAGGAACACGCACGCUCACGGCAGCCACUACAACCCCAUCAUGCAGCAGCCCACGCUGCUGGCCAGCCAUGUGACCCUGCCCGCUGCCCAGCCUGUCAACGUGGGUGUCGCCCAUGUCAUGCGCCAGCCGCCCGCCACCACCUCCGCCAGGAAGAGCAAACAGCACCAGUCUGCGCCCCGAAACGCAUCCACCUAUGAAGUUUCAUCCUCUCAGUCCAUCAGCUCGCCCCAGCGGUCGAAACGAGUGAAGGAGAACACGCCUCCCCGCUGUGCCAUGGUGCACAACAGCCCUGCCUGCAGCACCUCCGUCACCUGCGGCUGGGGCGACGUGGCCACCAGCACCACGCGGGAGCGGCAGCGGCAGACCAUCGUCAUUCCCGACACCCCCAGCCCCGCAGUGAGCGUCAUCACUAUCAGCAGCGACACGGACGAAGAGGAGGAGCAGAAGCAUGCACCCACCAGCACCUUGUCCAAGCAAAGGAAGAAUGUCAUCAGCUGUGUCACCGUGCAUGACUCCCCCUACUCCGACUCCUCCAGCAACAACAGCCCUUACGCCGUGCAACAUCGCGCAGGGCAGAAUAACGGGAACAGCUACGACACCAAAGGGGUUCCAGAGACUCACUGCAGUGGGAACCCCCGAACGAUCAUCGUGCCACCACUGAAAACCCAGGCCAGUGAGGUGUUGGUAGAGUGCGAUAGCCUGGCACCAGUCACCACCAGUCACCACUCAUCCUCCUACAAGUCCAAGUCCUCCAGCACCGUGACCUCCACCAGCGGUCACUCUUCAGGGAGCUCGUCUGGAGCCGUUGCCUAUAGGCAGCAGCGACCAGGAGCACAUUUCCAGCAGCAGCAGCCUCUUAAUCUAAGUCAGGCCCAGCAGCACAUCACGACCGACCGCACAGGGAGUCACCGGAGACAGCAAGCCUACAUCACUCCAACGAUAGCUCAGGCCCCGUACUCUUUCCCGCACAAUAGUCCCAGCCAUGGUACAGUUCAUCCCCACUUGGCCGCGGCGGCCGCUGCUCACCUGCCCACCCAGCCCCACCUCUACACAUACACCGCCCCCGCCGCCCUGGGCUCCACGGGCACCGUCGCGCACCUGGUGGCCUCCCAAGGGUCUGCACGGCACGCGGUGCAACACACCACCUACCCCACCAGCAUCGUCCACCAGGUCCCUGUCAGCAUGGGCCCACGCGUCCUGCCCUCACCCACCAUCCACCCGAGCCAGUACCAGGCUCAGUUUGCCCACCAGACCUAUAUCAGUGCUUCUCCAGCCUCCACAGUCUACACUGGAUACCCACUGAGCCCCACCAAGGUGAACCAGUACCCUUACAUCUAAACACUGGAAUAAAAGAGCGAGAGACGCACCCAUCCCGGGGGGAGUGAGGCAGCCGCUUUUGUAUUGAAGAACAUGAGAAACUUAACAAUGCAAUGGGAGGCUCACGUGAAACUUGAACGAAGGAGACUUUAAGGAAGAAAAGGAAAAGAGGAAAGAAGGGGGAGAACCAAUUCUGCAAUUUUUAUUUAAAAAAUUAAAAAAAAAAGAAAAUGGAAAAAAAAAGAACAGAAAAAAAAAUAAACCACAAAAACCAACCAUUCUGCACCAAACUAGAGAGAAAGAGAGAAGCAGAAGGACCCUCCAGCGGGUCCUGUCUUUUGAAGAACUUCAGCAACAGACUUUUAAAGGUUAUUUUCAUCCAAUAGUGAGCUACAUUUAGAAAUUUGUUGUCCAAAACACCUAAAAUGAAAUCCAUUGGGUUUUUAAUCCUAUAAGUAUAUGAAUUAGGGAUUUAUCCAGCUUUUCAAAGGGUUUAUACCCCAUCUUUGCAGUGGUUUUCAUAUCCCAAAGUAUACACAGGUUUUGGGGGAUUUUUAAUGGAAAAAGAAAGUGGGUAAGGGAGGCUGAGGUAGGAGGAUAAAACGUUGUCCCAGUGCUCUAAAUUUGGACCUAACACUGCUACGUUUACACCCAUCUGGGCAAAUCAGGCCAUGGAGCACUGGUUCAGAGCAGAAGCAAUGGGGGUGUUUCUCCCUUUUCUUGAACACACUGGAUAAAUCCCUGAGAAAUGCUGUUCCUAAACAAGAUCUCUAAUAAUGUAUAUUGGAUUUCAGUUGUAGGUUUUUGUUUUGUUUGGGGUUUUGUUUUUUGGUUGUUUUUUUUUUAGAAAUGUUCCUUUUUAAUCCCUAGCUGUUUUAGUAUAGGAGGAGACAUUUUAGCUACCCCCCAGCCCCGGUAGAAUGUAGCACUAUACAGGUCAUACCCCUUUUUACUCUUUUGUGUUCAACUUCAACGAUACCAAUAGACUAUUCCUCAAUGUGAUUGCACAAAGAAAAGUGAUAUAACAUAGGCAUGUAACAAAUGUGAUUGUCCAGGUGUGUGUGUGUGGGUGUGUGUGUGUGCGUGCAGAUGCUGCCUUCUCUCUGUGGUGUGUUCCUCGGCACAGCCAUUACAACUGUCACAGUCUUAGUUUUACAUCAUUCCCUCGUAGUGCCUUACCGAACUACAGAUGCGGUUUAAGGGUUUACUUCCACUGGUACUCCUAGAAACUGACUGAGGCUAGUCGGAAUUUACUCUCAGCUCUUUCUCUUCUUUUUUUUUUUUUUUUUUUUUUUUUUUCUUUUUUUUUUUUUUUAGGUUGUUAUUGCCGAUUUUCUCCUUCUGCUGGUGGUGUUGGGUUUUUAACCCACGUUGUCAAUCUCAGCUCACUCGGCGAGGUGUUGGGGAGGCUCGUUGGGGUCAGAAGUGUUUUGUCAAGCACUGGAUGGGCUGGAAGUUACCGGGUCAGUUGUGAGACCCAGGGUGACUCCCAGAGGGUCUGGGGACUUGUUUCUGGACUGGUCUGUUUCCGUCCUGUUGUAAUAGCAGGUUUCCUCCCCGGAAACUGAAUUCUCAUUCUGCUGUUUGACGAUGUUCUUGAUGGAGUGGGAGGACAGCGUCCGCCCUCAUCAUCGGGUUGUCCUGGUUGUGUGUCUGAAAUGGGAACAAACAUUUAGCCCUUGAAAGGGGGAAACACUAGUUGUUGCCAACAUCUCUCACUGUGUCUGUUGAUGAGAAGGGGUUAGGAGAGGGAUGGAGUCCCAGAGCAAGCAUGAGAAAAUCCAGUUGAGAGAGUCAAUCUCAGGUUUCUUAAGUGAAAAGAGUGUUUUAAUACAUCAAGCCUUACCCACUCUAACAGAGCUGUGACACUGCGUGCCUCCCCUCCUCUCUUCUCACCUACACCUUGAAAAACUGCCUGCAGUGGCAGAGUGACCCUGGAACUGGAGAGCAUGGUGGUGCUGCAGUCCUCCACACGAAGGAAUGCUACAUGGUCGUCUUGUUUUCCAACAGUUUCCAAAGAGAGCCUUUCCUGUAGUUGGUUUGGUUCAGAGGGGAGUUUCCCUGGUGCAUCAGUACUUGGAAAUGUCUCUAGAGUACCCAUGCCUGUGGGUGUCCGAAGGAGGAAGGAGAGAAAGGAAUCUGGUACAACAUUUCCAUGAAAGCUGAAGUCUGUGUGGCUACUCAGUUCUACUCUACAUUUCCCUGUAACUAGAGUAUGAAGUAGUCAAGUAUUUUGCAAGAUGCUGGAAAAUAGGAGGUUCAUUGGCAGGGUGGUAAGGGAUGGUUUCCCUGAGUGGAAGUGAUGAAGAAGGCUCUCUCAGGUUGGAAAAGCUGACGGAAAGGCAAGCACAAAUAUAUUGGCUUGUGGUAGGUGCUUGGCUGGCCUGGAAGAAGGGAUCCCACUAUGCACAGGCUGUUCAACAAAGCUGUUGUCUUCUGGCAAACCACCAAAUAACCUCCCUGGUUGCCAGCUCUGGUUCCUGGGCUACCAUUGCACAGUUUUCUUUUCCUGCCUAUCCUUCAUUCCAGCUCAAUAUACUGUAGAUGAGGAUGCAGUCUCCCAGCAGCCUAUGCACCUUACCCCCUCUUCCAUUGGAAAGACAACAUGUCCCCUUUCACUUGAGGCAGGAAAAUAAAGCCCUGCUCUCUCUCUCUUGCAUUCCUCUUCUCUCCCACCAGUUUGGGAGCAAGAGCAUCAUGCUGCUUAUGUCAUGAAAAGGAAAGAUAAUGUUAUUUUAUUUUAUGGUUGUUAUGAUUAUGAUUAUUAUUUUAUUAUUAUUGUAUUUUACUCUGGGUUUUAAUUGCACACGCAUUCCUUAAACUUUAUAGGGUUUUUUUUCUCUUAGUAUUGUUGUUACUGUUCUUAAUUUUAUUUCUCUUCAUCAGUGGCAUUGGAAGGGUUGCUGUGAUUGUGAGAACUGCAGGAGAGAGGAGAAAUUAAAUUAUUCCAAGGAUGAAAACACUGCCACUAACCUGGGGGGUGUGAGGCCACUCAGUGAGAGUAGUUACAGCCUUGAGGAACAGGAAUUAUCCUCUGGGUCACAUCUGCAUUUAAGAAUAAGUCCAGAAACGUUCAUUAAGAGGCCAAAACCCAACAGCAGCUAACAUAAUGAUUGGUCAGGAGAGCUGGAUGAAAGGCAGGUAAGGACCUUAGCGCCCCACGAUCCAGCUCACCAUCAAUCAGUUUGAUAGGACAUUAUAUAAGAUUAAGACUUAUUUGUGCUCCAGGCCACGAUCACUGGGCCCUGUCAAUGAGUCCAAGGCCACACUACAGGUUAAGGGUUUGGUUUUCCUAAAGGAGAAAGUAGGUAGGUGGCUCUCCAGAAACAGGGGUGUUGAAGGAGCCACGGCAGCCGCAUGUGCGGCUCAGUCCCAUCACUGGAUAAAGCACACUGGCGCACAUGGCUGGCAUCAGCUGGGUAAAGCAUGGCUGCAGAUAGUGCAGUGUUCCUCCCCUGCUCUUCUGCUCUUACUGAAGGCUAGUUAGAUGUCCGCAGGGCCAGGAUGCUUGGUUUGAUUUUUUUUUUUUUUUUUUUUUGGGUCAUUGUUUGUUCCUGAUGUAGAUUUUCCCUUCUUUUAUAAUUAUUUGUUGUGGAAUUUUGUUAAGCUGUUCUGGUUGUUACAGUUUAGACAUUUAUGGUUUCGUUUGCAUUACCUGCUCUGUUAGAAUAGGGGGAAGCAGUGACUGAAUUUAAAUUCCAUUAAAAAAUUAGAGGACUUCAGCAGAGACUGAAAGUUAAUCAUGUGCUUGAGUGCUUUACUAAAGAACUGACUUAAACCCUUCAAGUUAAAUAGUUGUUUAUGUGCUCCUCUAGCCUAGGGCCAGCGAAAUCACAGUAAUGUUUUACUUUGUACUAAUUGCAUUUUCCCUGUGUUCCCAUCUGACCUGCUCUCCCACGUGGGCUCAGCCCUGAUUUUGGAUGGCUUUUGGCAGUGGAGCUGUUACAACAGCACAGGAUGGCUGUGAGAAGGGGUGCAGUGCCUAUCGAAGGAGCCACUUUUCACGUUGUCCAUCCUGGAGUUGCUGGUCUGCCAGCUGUAGGUGGUCAGGUGAUCGUGGUAAUGGGAUGCUGAUUGCAAGAGAUGCACAGCAGAACCAUCAAGUUGCGUUGAUGGUGAAACACUGUGUGAGAGCUGUUUUCUGGCGGGUAUGAGGGAGCUGAGCAACACCUCCUCCCUCACACCUGUACAAAGGCAUUGUGUGGAAAAAGGUGUGGUUAGUCACAGGGGAAACAGUCAUUUCAGCAGAGGAAGCAAAAGCUUUGCAUGCUGUCGGUACCGCACACAUAACAGCCAGCUUGUUUUGUUUGCAGAAUCCUUUGGAGAGGAAAUGGGAUUGGCGUGGUUUGGUUCAGUCGGUGUUCCUUCUGUGCAUGGGGUAAAUGGCAUGGAAACUUGAGGGGGGAGGCGAAUGUUUAGAUGCUGGAAGUUUUAUGGGUGGCUUAUGGCUGGCACAGUGAAAGAGUGGUCCUUUUCCCCAUUAUCUUGUAUUGCAUUCUUCUUGUGCAGAAAGCACUGACGUUGCCUCUCCUCAGAGGUGGAUGUUCAAUUUCCUGCUGUGAAGCCAGAAUGCAACAGGGAGGGAGAGAACUGCCAACAUGAGCAGAUUGGAUAACCCAAAUGGAAGCACUUCUCACUGUAGAUUGGGUCAAAUCUAGUCAUUUGAGAGAGCCAAUGCAAUUGCAUCUUCCUCGGCAGAGUUUUACCUGCUUGUACCCAACAAAUUGGGCCUUGGCAGGUCUCUUACUCUCUCUCUUUCUCUAGUAGUUUUGUCAUAAUAUGUAAAACAUUCCAAGAAAGGGACACUUCUGACUGUGACAAUUUUCCUUUUUUUAUACUUUCAAGGAAUUGUGUCUUUUUAGCUUGGUUUGAAAGCAAUUCCAUUAGCAAAUCUGAAGGGCAAUAAACCUGUUUUUUUUCUUUAACCAAAGAUACUUUUUUUUUAAGAAAGAGAGAAAGAGGCCCACCUACUUCAGAAAUUAAAUGAAACCACGAGUCAUGAGCACCAGGCAAUGAGGAUACACAGUGGAACUCCAUUUUCUGAUCCCUUUUUUUUCUUUGUCUCUCUCUCUCAAGUUUCUGCCAUGGUUUUGAGUACUAGCUUGAUGAGCAGAGAAAUUCACACUAAAUAUUGCUGCUAUCCUAAACUGUAGGGGAUGUCGAAAGUGUUUUUCUUCUCUCGUUACUGUUCGCAUUGAUUUAAGUGUUGUAGUGGUGACAAUGCAGUGUGGAAGUGGUGAGCUGUGUAGUGGGGAUAAGCUUCUGGAUGCUCUGCAUGCUUCUGUAGCGUCUCCUUCUCUGGAUUUAGGAUGCUGGGUUUGUUCUGUGGGUUGGACCCCAAACAGUGGUGCCAUGGUCAGGACAGGCACAGCUGGGCAAGGAUGUUGGACUUAACGCUCAUGUUCUUCCAUGGCUUGGCAAUCAGCCCAUUAGAGAACUGCAGUGCUAUUUGUGGGCCAAAUGCUAGAUACCUGUAUGCAAGGUGUGCAGGGGAUAGGCAAUGCAGAAGAGAAAAAUGUGGGAAGGAAAUGGUUUCCCCCUUCCUGUUGACACAGCUGUCCCUGCUGUGGUCCCGUGUGCUGUGGGAGCCUCAAAGCAGUUAAUCUGUGGUCCUGGGCACCAUCUAUAUCACCCCCCUCAGUGCUCCUCUGAGAAGGGCCUGUGUCUGAAGUUCAGGAGUCCCCAUCUUACUUCUUGAAGCUCACUUAUGUGCCUACAAAUCAUUUUGCUCUCUCCACACUUAGGGAGGAGAAGAUGAGUCUGUGUUGCUGAGGUUCUCCUGCUGCCAUACUCCAACAAAGCUGCCUCUGAUGAUCGUGAGAAUUCCACCAUGGGCUGCAGAGUGAGGUUUUUUACACCAUUUUUACACCAUUUUACAGCAGUGCUCGAAAAGAUGGUGACAGUCCUAUUGUCAAAGGCUGUGUGUAGGCUCCUUGCUGGAGUACUGCAUUGGAUGAGAGGCACUGGGCUUUCCAGGCUGGUCUCCAUCCCUGUGGUCCAUCCUUCCCACCCCCCGGGAACACUGUGUGUGUUGCUGUGAUGCCACCACGCUCACACCCACCCCGGGCACGCAGCGAGACCCACUGCAGGGGCAGCCCCUGGAAGUAAGCCUGGGCAGUGUGCAGGGGAGCACUGCCAACCCAGGGCUCUGUGCUGAAGGUGUCUUGUUCCCUUGGGGCAAACAUAAUCACUGGGAAUGACCCCAGAGGCAGUAGUUAGUUAGUUACAUGUGAGGAGCUGCUGAUGCAGGUGGAGGUGUGAGAACCCGUCUGGAGGUAAACUGAGGUGAGCUCUGCGUGUGUCAAAUGCUUUCAGUGGGAAAACGUGGGUUUAGAGCAUUUGUGUGUGUGGAGAGUGAAAUUUGAAUGGUAGAUUGGCUUGGUUCUUCAGAAGUCUUAGAAAGCAUACUAGGAGGCUUUGCAUUCGGCAUUUGUGGUUUGAAACUCCUGUUUCUCAUUUACGGGUUAGCUUUGUCCUUCCAGUUCUAGCAGUGCUGCUAUAACAGACUAUUCAUGUGUGUUUGAAGAUAAAGUUUUUGUUUUUAAUCUCUUGCUUAUCAUAGUUAAUCUAAGAAAGGCAAUACUAAAGGUAUAUUUUUUUCCAAAAAUGAUAUUUUUUACUGCACUGAUAAAUAUUGUGACAUCUCUGUUCUUAACUCUUUUGCUGUGAGGGGAACUGUGUGCAGAUUCACACAAACCUUGUAAAUACUUGUGUGUACUUCUGACAGCCAGGGAUUAUUUUUCCUUCCUUCUUUCCUUCCUUUCUCCCUUCCUCUCUCCCUCCUUUCUUCUCUUCUUCUGUUCCUUCCUUCCACCUUCCCUUCCUCUCUUCUUCCCUCCCUCUUUCAUUUCCUUCCUCAUUUUCUUCUUCCUUUUCUUUCUUUCUUUCUUUCAUUCAAACAAGGUUUCCUCUUGAAACAGAAAGCAAUGGGGCAACAAUGCUCAAAAAAAAGCAAAGCUUAUCCCACUUUCAGAACAUAGCCAAGGAGUUUUUGCAGUGCUGGCAUAGAGUUAAUAUUUAAGCCGAUGUAUUUUUAUUUUUCUUUUAUUUCUUUUUUUUUUUUUUUUUUUGGCAAACUGUUUGGAAAGGAAUAAGACAGAUUAGAAAAGCUUUGGUCUGGAAUUCUGAUCAGAAAUGUUAUCCAUCUAUUUUAUGGCACCUCUGAUUUUCCUUCUGUUUUCUUUUUCUUUUAAAAAAAGUAAAAAAUAGAAAAAAAGGCUUGUUGCAGGCUUGCUCGCCUGAGCUCUAGGCUGGUCAGCAACUGUCCCAGGAGUGCCUCGUGCGCUGGGACCGCCGGCUCCUUUGGAAGCAAACCCACUGAUCAGGAUUCUGGAUUCUGAUUGCUUCAAAGGGUAUCCCCUGGUACUGUGGGAUACCUUUGUUUUUUUAAAAGAAGGAUUUAAAUACACUUACAUUACACAAACUGUGACCUAAUGGCAAUAAUUACCUCAAAUGUGGGCAUUCAUCCUGGUUUUAGCCUUUUUGAAAUCAUGUAGCCAGCUUGAACUUUGAUUCAAAGACUCUGAACUCCAUAGGGGCGGAAUAGCGAUAAAUGCCCACCCUGGUCAUUGUUGCUUGAGUGAAUUCUGAAGACAGUGAAUCUUUAAAAAGGAAAAAAAAAAUAAACCAAGGAAUAGAUUACUCUUUUAUGUAUUUUAAUCAAUUGUGAUGUUAAAAUGCACAUGUAAGUAUAUAUGUUUAUAGCUACUGUAAAAUGCUUUGGCCUUCUAGAAGAUAUUAAUGAGUCACAUUUUAAACCAAUGUGAACUGAAUAAUAGACUGUGGCUACUUAACAGUUUUCUGGCUACAUUUUAUAGUUAUUACAGUGUUUUAUAGUUUACACUUAAACUGGUACUUUUUAAGGGAAAUCUUGUGUUUAUAAGUGUCACCUUCAAAAACUCAAUACAGCUGCCUCUUUUUAAUUUCACCCGUUAAAAAUGGAAAAGUACAAGUGUGUUUUUAAUAUGUAUAUUCUGUUUUGAGAUAUAACAUAGUGUUGGAAAGUCAGUCCAGAGAUGAAGUAAUCCACUGUAUUCCAAAGUCUGAUUGAAAAAACACUCCACCCACUUUGAAUAUUUAGUUCAACAGAUAAGCUAUUUGUUUGUUCUCUUGUUUUAAUAAUAUGCUUUAUCAGGCAUCCCUGGUUUGAAGCAGGGAUCACGACACGAAAUUCACUGUUCUAUGUAGGAUCCUCAUCUGGAUGAAGAUACCCGCAUCAGGAGAAUGAAGGAUAUUCAAAGGAAGGAUUGUAUUGUACUGUUGAUAAAUCAUUAGCCAAACAAUUAAUUCCUGAGUUAGUGAAUGCCUGUUUUAUUUUUGGGGUGGGGUUAGGGAUGUGUUUGUGAGAGUGUGUAUGUGUGUCUGUGUGCGUGAGCCACUCAGAGGCAAUGCUGUAAUUUGGCUUUCAUCUGUUCACCCCUUUCUUACAAAUGAUGCUUACCACCACAGAAAUGUUUUAAACCAGUAAACAAAAUACAAAGUUCACUGACCAUCUCCUUGUCAACUCUGUUUUCUCAGCCCAUGCCAGUUCCCGAUAAUGAUGUUUCUCUGCUGCUGUUACCCUGUAAUUUGCAUUUUGAUAUAUCACAUUCCCCACUCCCUGGUCUCACUUAGCCUGUCUAGUUUCUUCUGUUGUGUUCUUUCACUUGGGUAAACAACGAACACGGUAUAAAUGUCUGCUGGGCAAAAUGGUACUUUGAGGUCAUGAAAGUAAAGGAACUGGCAUUUAAAAAUAUGUAUAUGUGCUGCUCCCAGUACAAUCAGCAGCGGUGGGGCCAGGCGAGUGCAACCCGCCUCCUCCUCCCGCAGCAUCAUUCCGGAGGCCGCGCCUGCCCCACUGUCCACAUCCCCAAAGCGAUAAGGUAUCAUACGGCAAGCCAGGAUUGUCAGCAGCACUCGGGCCAGAUGGAAAAAGCCCACCCUCCCUCACCAUGCACCACCACCCAAUCCACAGGCUUUGCUGCCCCCAGCUCCUGCCUGGCCUCCUGUUCUUUUGGGAAGGAGUCAGACUUGCAAAUACCAGCACACUCAAAUGAAGGAGCCAGAGAGUCUUGAUGAAUACUUUGGCUUGCAGCUUGUUAGGCAAGAAGGGUUUCCAACACUGGCAACGCACAUCCCAUAGGAUCUGGAUGGUUACAUAUAGCACCCCUGCCCUCACAAGGAAAAAAGCGCUUCUGAGCGCUCCCACCUCACGUGGUUACAUACAACACUUCUGACUUUUAUUUUCCCCCGUUAUCCCUUAUGUGUUUGAUCUUUGUUUAAUUUUCUUUUAUAUUUUUUGCUCUGUAUUCUUUUAAAUGAAACUUCCACAGAUAUUCCAGGGCACAACCAUUUCAGGUGUAAAAAGGAUCUACCCAUCCCAUGUUUCACCAACAAAGCAAUCAAGGCAUUUUGGGUACCAGAUUCUACUUGGGCAGAACCAGAAUGUAGCCUGUAUAUUUCAUACCAAAUCCAAUUUCUGAAAGGAGAGGAAGUGUCAUUAAUAGCUUUAAUAAAGGAGUGUGUGUGAGAGAGAGAGAGAGAGAUAGAGAGGGAGCGAGAAAGAGAGAAGAAGGAGGGGCAUCUUGGAAGGUGAAAAGUCUAGAUUAAGGUAGUUAAAAAUGAACCAAUGGGUGAAACAUUUUUUUUUUAUAUGAGCUGUAAAAUCCUUUUAAAAACGGAAGGGGUGAAAUGGAGGGAACAUUUUAUGCCUUUCGACUGCCCACAAGCCCAGCGUACUCUGGAUGGAAAGUGGAAGUUAAUAUACACUGCACCAAAAUUAUUAAGGGGAAGGGGGGGCGGAGCUGUGAAAUGCUAUUGUAAUCACAAGAGAAAAGAUGCCCCUGCCCCAGCUCUGGAUCUCAAGUGGUUCUUUCUCUACAGUAUCAUCUCAGCCCAGUAACCCCACGAAAGCCCUGAGCCGUUGUGUUCCUUCACUGUACGGUUUCUGUAAUAAGAGUGUUAAUCCAUGUUAAUCUUUGUGAAAAUUAUUGUGUGCAACAGUAUUUUCUUGUGUACUGCUUUUUACCUAUGUGAAUUGUCCCUUUUCUGUUUUCUUUUUUUUUUCUUUCCUUCCUCUUUUUUCUUUUUCUUUUUUCUUUUAGUAAUAUGUCUUUCUUCUUUUAAAAGAAAAAACAAAAACAAACUGAUGUGUUAUAGACCUAUAUGUAACCUAUUCCUUAGUCUCAUAUUAUAGGUAUGUUAUAAGAAUGGAUAUUUUACUUGGCUUUAGAAUGUUUUACAAGAAAACUAAUUCUUAACCAAUCAAGUUCUUGCUACUAAAAAAAAAAAAAUGCUUGUGUUUUUCAUCAUGACGUUGUGUGCUUCUAAUUAAUAAUCAUUUUCGUUGUAGAAAAAUGGAGUGAAUUUAUAUUAGUCUUGGAAACUAAUAAUAGCAUUGUAAAUUUAUGAGAUGAUUUUAACAGAAAAUACAUUAUAGAAGAAUAUAGUUAUUUUAAUUGUAAUAUUACUAACUGUAGGGUGAGAAAGGAGGUCCCGUUGUGGUGAACUAUGUUAUAGCUUGUUAUUCACGGUUUCUUUUUGAUCAUUUUUUCGGUCUCUGAGGUGAAACGAGUUAUUAAUCAGAAUUUGUCAACUCACAUAUGCAUAUUGUAUAUGUGUAGAAAUGUAAUCACACUUUGUCUUGGAAUUACAUUAAACUGUUUUAAGUCACUGCAAA